AAGCCUUAUUCCCGCCCCUUUGGCAUUAUUGCGAUUGCGUUGAUGGAUGUGACUGCUGUUUCGCGUGGUAACCUUACCAGCUGCGCGGUGCGUUGUUACGUUGCCUUGGGCUGCUGCUUUUGUUUGUGUUGAUUUUCGUUUGCAAUUUCACUUACAAAAAAAACUAAGCUUUUAUUUCCGAACGUGCGUAACAAACGGUGUGUGUGUGUGCAUCUAUCACUCUAGCGACAGUGUGCGUUUGUAUGCGUGUGUGUGUGUGUGCUUUUAUCAGUUAUCAUUAGUUGUGUCUCCCCGGAGUGCUGCACACGCGCUUGAUGAGACGUGCCUUUUGUGUCCUUAUUACGAGCGUUGAAUUAAGUUUAUUAUGUUUAGUUCGUUCAAAAUGGAUCGCCCUCGUGGGUCCAGCUUUUAUACUAAAAGAUCUGAACACUACGACAAUCUUAAGCGACAGCAGCACAAUCCAGAGCAAAACCAGGCGCCGACAAAACAAAAAGGAAGGCCCACCAAAUCCCAAAAUCAAGCGACAAACGGAGACACCAGUAACGCACACGUUGCUUACACAAACCAAUCGAACAACGUUACGACGAGCGUCAGUGAAUCGGCGCCGCAGAUCAUAACCAUCGAGCUGCCGUGGAAUCCGAUCAUCAAAGCAGGAGCUCAAUCACCCGCCGCCGCCUGUACCGCACCGAGCGCACUAUCGCCCCAUCAAUCGAUAACUUCGGUCGGCUCCACCGUCGUCGGUGGUGAUCCGAGCAGCAGCCCCCAAAUAUCGGUGCUACCGGUACAUUCGCUAUCGGGUUUGCAUCAUUCGCCACCAUCCUCGGUGCGUACCAUCGGAUCGCCAACGAUCGUCCUCACUGGUAGCGGCACGGUUGCACCGCACGCCGAAGGUAACAACGGAUCGUCGCUGAAGUGUCUGGAAACGCUUGCCGAGAAGGCGGGCAUCACGUUCGACGAACCGUACGACUUUCUUCCCGACACGCUGGAGAAAUCCCAGAGCCCAGCGCAGGUGGCGCAGCAGGCCACAGUGCCCUUGCAGCUGUCCCAGGAGCAACUGUUCCAGUACCAGCAAAUCCAGGCCUAUGGCGGUACGAUACAAGUGAAGCAAGAGUACGCACCAACGCCGACCGGGCAAUCCGGUACGGCCGGUGUCGAUCAUCAACAGCAGCAGCAACAACAGCAGCAACAACAGCAGCAACAGCAGCAGCAACAGAUACAGCAACAGCAGCAGCAAGCACAGCAGCAACAAAUGCAGGUGCUGGCAGAGGCGAGCGGUGUGGCGCCGCCCCAAAGCCCACAUCAUGCCCAAACACUGCAGCAGCAGCAGCAGGCCGCCCAGCAGCAGCAUCAACAGCAGCAGCAGCAGCAACAGCAGCAACAGUCUGCGGCGGCGGCAGCCGCAGCCCUUAACAACAUGGCACCGCUGCAAGCGAUGGCCACGGGACAGCAGAUCUCAUCCACCGAUUGGCCGCACGGCCGCAUGGUGGUACAGCAGCCGAUCCCGAAUGCGCAGUACCUCCAGCAGCUGUACGGCACGCAGCCGCUAACGGUUUUCCCCCCGCUCGCCGGUCAGCAGCAGUUUCAGCUGAUCACCUCGAAACCCUUCCAGCAGCCGCAAAUGCUGACGACGACCACCGGCAAGCAGGUGAUCGGUACGACCGGCGCCGGCAACUUUAACGGUCCGUUCACGUUCUUUUCCCCGGUGAGCGUGGUAAACUCGCAGCCCCAGGCACAGACGCAGAACCUGCUCCCGGCGCUCAGUGCGACGGCAGCCCAGUCGGCAGUGGCUGCGGCCGGUGCUACGGGAAAUAAGCCGGGCACCACUGCCCACCAGCAAGACAUGCAAAAAGCGCUACAGAAUGCUGUUGCCGCCACCGUUGCUGGUGCCUCGCCUGGGCAGAAAGUGCAGCUGCAGAAGCUUGGUACGGCGGCGGGUCUGACCGGCGCGACCAAUGCCACACAGCAACAGAACCUAGCCGCCCUGACGCAGCAACAAGCUGCCGCGGCGGCCGGCCAGCAAUGUGUACAGGUGUCGCAGGGGCCGAUGCCAACGGCCCAGCUGCUCAGUCCGCUGCAGCAGCAGGGUGCUCAGCAGAUGCAGUUUUCAACCCAGUGGCCGCUGCCGGGGCAGAUUUGGUCCACCCCGAAUGGGCUAGUUAACUCAAUCAUCAUACGCGGCACCAACCCGGACGGCACACCGAACGUGUUUUUCCCGAGCACCCAGCAAACGCUGCAGCAGGCACCCCAGACUCAUAAUCAAACUCUUGCACUGCCGUGUGCGAUCACACAAUCACCACAGCAAGUAACGCAGCAACAGCAGCAACAGCAGCAAACGGGAGCCCAAACGAAUGCUACGGGACCGGGAGGUAGCGUAGGACAGGCAGGCACGCUAGGAGCUGCAGGUGUAGCUACCGCCCAGUCGAUCGGAGCGGGAGGCGUAGGCACGGGACUACAGGGACAGAAGACUCUCGGAGGUACGCUCGGUACGAAGCAAGGCCAACGGCCUCAGAUACUACCGCAGGGUGCAUCGCCCAUCCGUCCGUCGGUGUCGACUCAAACGGCCCAAGCGCAGCAGAGUCUGCUGAACAAGGCUGGCACGAAGAUGCGCACCAAGCAGCCGAUGGUGCGCCCAUCGGCACCGAUUAUUAAGACCGAGCUCGGCACGGGCCCGACAACGCCGCAAAAACUCGGCCAAAACACAGCCCAACAGCCGACCGCUCAGCCCCAAAUACAGCAAGUUGUUACAAGCAGUGGAAAAAUGGUGCUGAUGAACACGGGAACAGCACUAAGCCCGGCAGUGCUGAAUAUGCCCCUGAUGGGUGAUAGCAAGCAGCAGCAGCAGCAUCAACAGUUGCAGCUCCAACAGCAGCUUAAAUCGGCUCAGCAACAGCAGCAGCAGACUAACAAUCAACACAUUUUGCUACAGCAACAGGCUAUUUAUCAGCAGCAAAUGAUGCAGCAGCAGCAGCAGCAGCAUCAAGCUCAGCAUCAGCAAGCACAGCAGCAAGCGGCUGCCCAGCAGCAACAAAUUCAGCAGCUGCAACAGCAAAUCCUUCAACAGGCCGCCGUAGCCGGGCAAGCUAACCAAGCGCAGCUGCUCACAAAUGCCGCCCAGCAAGGCCAACUAGUGCAGACGGCCACGGCUGGUGGCGGGCAGCAGGGCAACAUCGUUCACCAGCUAGUAUUCCAGCAGGGCCAACCGAACCAACCGGGCAUGAUGAUAAACGUUUCCUCCGAAGCUUUGCUGCAGCAACAGCAGGUACAGCACGCACAGCAGCAAGCUCAACAGCAGCAGCAGCAACAACAGCAACAGCAGCAACAACAGCAGCAGCAACAGGUUCAGCAACAGCAACAGCAGCAGCAACAAGUUCAGCAAGCGCAGCAAAAUGCGCUUCAGCAGCUAGCGAACCAGCAGGCGGCAAAUGGCCAGGCUGGAAAGCAGGGUGGUGCAGCUGCCAAUGCGGCAGCGCAGAUGAUAAUGGCAGCCUCGAUGGGCCAGCCGGGUGGUGCUGAUCGCGCCACCAUCGUAUCUCAAGGUGGACAGCCACUGCAGAUUGAUCGUAGUCUGCUGCCGGUGUCCAUCACCAGCAUGGCCGGCAAUCCAAUCGUAGUGACUAGCAAUGGUGCCACUAUUUCACCCAUUCAUCAAUCAAAUGUAGCCGCAACGAACGUUGUGGCUGCAGGAGCGUUGCAAUCGAACCAGCAACAGCACCAUUCGCAGAUUUUGGUUUCGUCGAUGCCCAGCUCGACCGUACACCAGUCCGGCCAGAACCCGAUCGUGGCCAUGACGUCUCUGUCUGCGGCUCCGAUGUCCGUCGCAUCGAUCAUUAGCUCGGGAAUGAUUUCAUCGAUCUCUUCCGGUGCCAUUACGACUACCGCUUCCCUCGGCCAGCAGCAGGCAACGCUGGUUGCCUCCGGUGGUGCCGGUGGCAGUGCAGGUCCUGCAAAUGCUCUCCUCAACGCUAGCAAGGACACGGACCCGAAAGCGAUCAGCGUGGCAAUGCACCAGCUGCAGCAGCUCUCCACGCCCCAGAAGCAGAUCCAACAGCAGCAACUGUUGGACAACAUGAACGCGCUAGCUGCGGCUGCCGCUGCCGGCGGUAGUGCCGGCCCGUUGGCAAUGCUCGGUGGAUCACCGAUCGCAGGCGGAGCGGUUGGCAACGUAACGCUGCCCGGCUCGCCGGCCACCUCGACGGCCACGAGCAUGAUGGCGGUGGGCGGAAAGAUCCCGACCUCGAUGGCACAGGGCGGUCUAAUGGGCUCGCCGCAGCAAACCGUCGGUGGCGUUAAGUUGGGUAUGUUCCAGUCGCCACAAGGCCCUCAGCAACUUCCAGCAGGGAUGACCGCUGCAUCGAUGGACGUAUCGGCGAAGGAAAAGCUAUCCACGAAUGAAACCAGUGGAAAAGAUUCGGAUCAAUCAGCACUGACCACUGGCACACCGGCCACGGAUAGCAGCGCAACCGAUGCGCAAUUGAACGGCACCGCCAGCACGCCGAUGGACACUACACCUGCUCCCGGUACCGCGACCACCGUGAGCAACGCGAACGGAACCAGUGGAGAUCUCACCCCGUCGUCGAUCGCAUCCGCAGUAUCGUCCGCUUUUGCCUCCAAUGCCCCCACCUCCAUUACGACUGUGAGCAGCGCCACCACCGCAUCGGUGAACUCCACAACCGCUACCACGCCAGCAAGUGCGGCAGAGGAUGCGGCAAAAGAGUCCACGGCAGCUACUGCCUCGGUGGCAACGGCCUCCAGUUCCUCGACCAACACCACGACCACCACGGUAACGACGGGUGGUGGUGGUGCACUGAGCAGCGCCACCUCCACUACCGCAUCAUCCACAAUGGCUACGACGGCGAUUGCCACAGUAACGGGCACGUCAGCAAUACCUGUCAGCAACAUUGGCUCGAACGGUUUGCUCUCAACGAACGGCAGCGUAGUGUCGUCGUCGUCUGGCUCGACUGCAACAUCCUGCGUGACCACCGCUUCCACCGGCUCGACCGGCGGCGGAUUGCCACCGAAGACGGCAAGCAGCGCCGAUAAGGGUGGUAUCCCGAAGGCGACGAUCAAACCGAACGUGCUGACGCACGUCAUCGAGGGUUUCGUGAUACAGGAAGCGAACGAACCGUUCGUGGUCCAGCGGCAGCGCUAUCCGGAGCGAGACAGCUCCGAUGAGCCUCCGAAAAAACGAUCCACCAAUGAAGGCAACAGUCCGCUCUCGCCAUCAAAUCAAACCAGCGACAUGGGCAAUUGUGAGGUAUGCGGCAAGGCGGAAAUGCGCAACAAGAUGAAGCGGAAACGAUUCUGCAGUGCGGCUUGUGCGCGCUCCGCUAAGCAAGGCUCGCCGGAUCAGGUAUCGUCGCCGGUGCAGAAUGGAACGGCCGGUGCUCCUGGAAGCUUGAUGCUUCCGCCCAGUAGCAAUGGUAUGGCCCCACCAACCCCAACCGCACCGAUAACAACGGCAAUGGACACUUCAGUUGUCGGUUCCAUCAACGGUAUGAUCGGUGUCGCCACCAACCCGGCCGGUGGUGUUGUAGUGCAAGGAGUGGAUCCUACGCUUGGCACUCUUCCGCUCGGUCCGUUGGCCGCCUCACCGAUGCUGGCACCGGCCGUUGGAGGAGUGCUCCCCACCAUGAAGCUAGAAAUGGAACAGCAGCAGCAGCAGCAACAACAGAUGCAGGCCGCCGUACUGCCAACCGGUGCGUUGGCACAGCAGCAGCUGCUACAGCUUCAACAGCAGCAGCAGCAGCAGGGUUUGCUACAGCCCGCCGCUGCCGGUAUGGGACAAGCGCAAGCACCGGCUGCAAUGUUGAUUGCCGACGUUCCGGCCUCCCCAGCGACGCCCGUAGCAGUGGCGGCUGCUGCAGCCGCUGCCGCUGCCGCUGCAGCAAAUUCCGAGGAAGCGUCCUCCAUCCUACGUUGGACGGUAAACGAUGUGGGCGAGUUUAUUCGGGGACUGCCCGGCUGUGCGGAUUAUGCGGAAGAUUUCGUCAACCAGGAGAUCGACGGUCAGGCUUUGUUGCUGCUGAAGGAGAACCAUCUCGUCAGCACGAUGGAUAUGAAGCUCGGCCCGGCACUGAAAAUUGUGGCGCGAGUAAAUCUCAUGAAGGCGACGGUCGCUCCCGCGGACGGACAACAGCAAGCUGCACCGUAAGCUCGCUGCUGUACUGUGGAUGGGCAAUGUAAAUAUAGCUGUAGGGUAACUGUUUAAGCAUCUGUUUACAAGCUAACGUUAGGCAACAAUAUUGGAUUGUAGAGGAAUGAUAAGUGGAAGCGAAAGAUUGAAUUCUAUUUGCUAUCCGAGCGCGCUCGAGAAACGGGCGAUCGGGAAACAAAACAAACAAUUAAUUUAUUUUAUCCAUCGUCACUUUAGGCAAGUUGUUAAGUUGUAAGAAUUAUAAUUUUCCCCCGAUUAUUGCUUCUUGUCUACGGUGUAGGUAGAACUGAUUAGUCUAUCUUUCGUCCAGUGUACACAAGGGAUUUGUAGAAAAGGAGCAGUUUGUACUGAAAUGAGUAGCAUUUGAUGUGACAAUUUAAAGUAGAAUGAUAUCGCUUGAAGUGGUGGCUAAGCGCGUGGAGUAAAUGCAGAUUUCUCUCAGUAAACUGAUUUUCAAAGAAACUCGCACCAUUGCUCGAGUAUGUAUGUACAUAGGUAGGUUUUACAAAGCUUAACUAAGCAUUUACUGUACCAUCUAUCGCCUAAGAUAGAGACCAUCGGCUUAAAGUUCGUUUACAAACGAAUAUGCAAAAAACAGGAGGCGAUUCGAUUCAACAGACAAAUCUUCUACAUUUAAAAAAUGACCAAUUCUGAAAAAAAAAGAAAUGCGCUAAAGAAACAAGCAAUGGAAUACACAAAGGUAAUGAACGUAAUUACUUUAUAAGGAAUAAACUUACUUUUUAGCUAUAAAAGGCUAGGCGAGUAGUAUCACUAUAAGAAGGUUGCACGUGGGUACCACGUGCAAGUAGUAUACAACAUGAAUCAAUAAGGUGUGCUCCAGUAUGAGGGAAAGAGCAGCAGAAGCAGCAGCAGCAGCAGUACCCAGUAUAUCUGUCGGUCUGGGACAAUGUAAAUUUAGAAAUGGAAAUCCUUCCUUGUACAUGUUAAACGUAGGCCAGCGAAUGUAUCGCACAGUGAAUCGGAAACAAAAUAUAAACAAAUAAGAAAAUUUUAAAAGAA